GUCGUCAUAUCUCUCCUGCUAUAUAACUCCACUCUGACAUCUUUUCAUCUCUCCCCUCAAUCUCAAAACGCACGGUUCCCCACCCAAACGAUCUUCCACACAUCCCACGUCUACUACAACUCAUCGCGCGUUUCACAUAGCCCAUCACGGCGUCCGAAGCAGUACAGCUAGGCCUCGUCGGCCUUCUCACUAGGCCAGUGAUCAAAGCAGUCUUCCCCUCGGAGCGUGCACUCUCAACUUCGACCCACGAACAGGCCAAGGACAAGUCCGUCCAGGCAGCAGAAACUUCUCCUGUAUCAACCGGCGCUACUUCUGAGCUCUCUGAUACUCAGUGGUCUCCCACGAGUCCCGGGCCACCUGUCUUGCAAUCGACAGCUGUCAUUUCACAAGGCGAUUCAGCGCCUGGCCAUUCCAUUCAAGAGACAGCCGAAGCCUCAUCACCACCGUUGACAUUCCCCGAACCCACCUUGCGAAGAGAUCUUGCUGCAACGAAUCCGGAUCUCGGUGCCGUUUCCACCACUGCCAAAGAAACUCAGAUCUCUGAACAACCAAUGGAUAGACGUUCUAAUAGAGCCCUCGACGCAUCCGCACAACGACCGUCCAGUAUUACCUCCGCUACCCCCCAGCCCGUAAUCCCAGUGACCGAGACUAAUAACAUGGCAAUCGUCCCGGCCAACUCUGAGAAUGAUACUCUACUCGCCAACAGGGCAGCGGGUAUCAACCUCAACGAGAGGCCAGCCAGCCGAACCACUCGCCGCAGCUCCCGUGCCAAUGGAAUUAAACCAGGGGCUGGACAAGGAGUUUGGGACCUCGAAGACGGAGAGACUAACGGAGGUAAGGGAGCGUCUGAUUACGUUGAGGAUGGAGAUAGGACCUCUGUGAACCGUGGUGAGAACGGUACCAACCCUGGGCUGGAAUCUGUUCUGAAUGCGGACCCCAAGGACUUUAGAGACGAGACAUACGGUGAUACUGAAAGACCUGCCAUGAAUUUGCGCCCUUCUAGAUCUUAUGUCAAACCUGUUCCUAUCGUCACGACUUACGAGCCUCAACUCCCCGAUGGCGCAUCUGCCAAGCGAAGGUCGGUUGCAGGAUCUACACGGGCUCCCAGUUACAAACGUGCACCUUCUCGUGCCGCCUCCAUUGACAACGAGGCUGCACAGAAGCCCAUGAGCCCUAGGCGUGAAGCUUCCAAGGCUGGCUCCGUCCAUUCUAACACCUAUGCUGCCGAUAUGGGUCCUAACGGCUAUGAUAAUCAACCUCCUCGUCCUGUUUCCAGGACCGCCUCUGCACGCAACCGCCACUUUGACCAGGCUGGGGCUGCUGGAGUUGGCGCUGCAGCCGGAGGACUUGCUGUUGGUGAAUUUAUCUCUCAGCAGCGUCAGCAAGAGCUUCAAGGAGGCAAUUCGAGGCAUAAUAGUGGAGUCGCCUUGCAGGAUGGCGGACCUGUACCUCGCGCCACGACCUUUGAGGAGCCUUCCGACAAUCAGCAAGGUGCUGCACGAACUUUAUCUCCUCGUCCUCAAUCCUCCUUUGGUCAUCGUCCCCAGCCUCAACUCCUGGCAAUCAAUGAAGGCCAGGGUGAUUAUCAGCCGCAAGAUGGUAGGGAUUCUAGAGCGGGUGUCCUCGGUAGGAAUGGUACAGUCAUGAGUCGAGCCAAUACUCUGGGAAGGAACGGGAAUUUGUCGAGAGGUGCCAAUGGAGGAACAGUUGGAAGCCGAAAAGGUGCUUUCGGUAGGGGUGCGGGCGCUAGCAUCGGCACUCAGCCUGAGGAGGUCCUGGGCAGAGAUGACAUCCAUACUCGUGCGGAACUUUCAGAAAGAAUUCUGGAUGAUGCCACUCUUCAUCGCCUUUCCACCAUGGAGAAGAAGGAUGCUCGUCGUUUGACGAAGAUCAUCAAAAAGGAAGCUAAGACUGAAGCACAAGCCGUUCAAGCCUCUAUCAAGGAGCUCGAGCGCCUUUGCAGCCUUCAGAAGGAGGCCGCUAAUGCUGAACGCAAGUCUCAGCUUCGUCUUACCAAAUGGACUACCAAAGAACACAAAGCUAGGAUGCGAUUCUUAAAGGAGAAAGAGAGGUAUGAAAAGAUUGAAGGCGAGUUGAGGAAUGCCGAGAAUGAUUUCGAGGAGCGAAGGGAUCAUGCGGCCGGGUUGACGGCCCAGGUGGCUGAAAAGACACAAGAUCUUGAUGAUCUGCGAGCUCAGAAAGCUGCGGACGAUCGUGAGCGAGAAGUCAAGAUCUUGGCCCUCAAGAACCCUGCCCAUAGUUAACUGCAGUUCGUAUCAGUUGUCAACCAGUAAGAGUGUAUGGAAGGGAAAGACAAAUCUACAUCUUUAUAUAUCUACAUUUUAAUAAUCCAAAGUAGUUCGCGUAAUCGUUUUUCAUAGUGAAGUUCUCAGCGGUAGGGAGUCAAGAUUGGCGUCGGCGGCAAGUAAUCUGUGUACACGAGCAUGAAGUUUUUGCACCCCUGUU